AUUUUACGACCGAAUUUUUAUCGAAGCUACACGUACAUUAAGUCAGGACGGAAAAAAGCCACAUGAAUCACAUCAUUUGGAGAGCAAUAUAUUAAAAUUGUUUGGAGAAUAUCACGUUUUAUACACAAACAGAAAAUGGGCCUACGAUCUAGGGGAAAAUUGUUACUAUUGAUGACUGUCUUUGGAUCAUUUUCGCUCUUGUUUUUGCAGUCUCGAACCGGUGAAAUGGAUGGUAGUUUGCCGUCCUAUGAGGGUCGCCUUGAAGAACUGCGGAACAGACUUCAGAGUACAGAGAGACAGAACCAAGCAAGAGCCGUUGAAUUACACCAUCUUCAACAACAGUUGAGAAGGUUUGCUGAGGACUCCAAAAAUGGCUCAUCUCAAAAAGAUGAGAAUCUGCACCCUUUGCUGUCUCAGCUCAACAUCUUAAACCUCAAUACUUCUAACUUCCUCCAUCUCCCGUCCGUACUUGAAUACAUGCCGCACCUAAAGAAGAACCCUGUGGGACUCCAGCCUGCCUUCCAGCUUUCCCAGGGCAACACUGGAGGUAAGUGAUCACUUCCCUUCCUUCUGAAUGGGUGUAGUUUGCCUCAAACAUGCAUUGAUGAUCUUCAGUGCAGUCAUUUACACCAGGAAAUAUUUGCAGUAUAUUGUGACCAUAAUAGUAUGAAUUUGUGUAGCACUCCAGCUGUGCUGGGUAAGAGCUCUUAGAAUUAAUUAAUUCUUUGAUAAUUAAUUAACUUUAAUUUUAUAGAGUUUUGUAUGUUUCUUGCACAAUCUUAUGAGGGGUUUUUUGUUUUUGUUUUACAAUAAUAAUAAUAAUAUGCAUUUAUACAGCACAAAAACUAUUUCUAUAUAUUCUAUUGUAUUUUUGUGAAAUCAUGAAAUUGUAGCGUAAAACUGACAACACUUCUAAUCACUAACACAGAAAACAUGUACAUGUAUGUGGGACAGUGGAUUAACAUUGCUUGGAAAAAAUACAUGUACCUAACAUUUAAUAACAGAAUCCCGUGUUCAUUUUGCUCACUUCUCAGCAAACUGCAAUUACAUAUUUUCUUCCAGAGCCAUUUGGCACAUACAUACAGUACCUACACUUGGUUAGUAAUUUUAUUGUAUUCUGUUCAAACUCAUUUUCUCAUUUUAAGAUCGUUUCCACAACCAGCGUUUCUUUUCAAAUGCUGAUAUGGAUCUUGAUAUGUAUGAAUUUUUUCCCUAGACUCAAUAGCCCAAUUAUACCCCUUUCAUAAACCCAAUAAAACACAAUUAUGCGGCUAAUAGCAGCAUAAUUUGGUCGUAAAAUCAGAGGAGGACAAGAGUUAUCCGCAUUAUUCUGAUGCUACUAUUAUCCGCAUAAUAGCGGCAUCGGGACAAGAUUUUGAGUUUAUGAACGUAUUUCCAAAUAAUGCGGAUAAUUGCCAUGGUGCGUCACAAGGUCACCCUUUUCCAACACAACCGCAUUGGAGGGGGCGUGUCCAGUUGUCAUGACGAUUAUCCGCCUUUUUCAGGACGGGCGCUCGUAAAAAUAAUUUAUGGAGUUUGUGAACGCAAUUUUUAUUGAAUUAUCCGCAUUACUCUUAGGCGGCUAAUUGGAGGAUAUGUUUUAUUGGGUUUAUGAAAGGGGUAUAUGGAACAGCAGCUUUCAAUUUACCAUUAAAGGUAAAAAACAGUAGUUGUAGCAAGAAAUUAUUCCAUGAGAAAGUCUUUUAAAUCAAGUCUAUUUGUAAAAAUAUUAUGUGUACAUCUAGAUAUGGUACAAUGUAAACCUAUCUUUGUAAAUUCAUGAAAUCUUAGCUCAAAAUCAAUAAUUCUGAUGAUUACUAAUAUUUACCGAAAAGCAUAUGUGGGAGUAGUGGGAUAGUGUAUAAUUGAUAUUGAUUCUAAAAAUACCUGACAUUUGAUGGAAUUCUGUGCUUAUUUUGCUCAUUUCUCAGCAAUUACGCAUUUCCUUCCAGAGCUAUUUGGCACAAAUUUUUAUACGUACAUACAAACACUUUGGUGGUAAUUUCAUUGGAUUCUAUUCGAACUUAUUUUGAGAUCGUUACCAUAACUUUUAUUUAUCUUUAAAUUCAAAAUGCAACAUCUGAAUUUCUUCUUUAUUUUUCAAGUGAAAAUUCAUUGAAUUUCCCUUUGCAAAAUAGAAAGUGUCUUUUGCUGUGUACAUGUACGUUUUCUGUGGCAAACAGAAAAUUUCCAUUUUAGAUCAAGGUUGAAAUGGAAUUGCAGGUUUUUAGAAUCAGAAAAGAUUUUAUUUCAAAUUUGAUUAAAACAGUUGCUGGGACAGUGAGUUUAUUUUUAACUGCCUUUAAAGACUCGUGCUGCAACUGCAGUUUCCCGAGAUAUCAGGAUUAUAUUGUCUGUCAGUCAGCCUUGACUCUGAACACAUAACCUCCGACAAACAGUGAUCAAAGGUCAUCUGCAAAAUGUGUUUCACAGACCAGUAUAUGCUCUUGUCACAUUAUGACUGGUUAUUCACUCUACUAUAGCUUUUCUUUAUAGAUCUAUAUGGGAAAACAAAGUUGGAGAGCAACUAUUGCAGUGCAACUCCCAAACCAAACUACUGUAUCAAUAUUUCAUGUAUUUUGGUUCAGCUAGCGAUUAUAAAAGAGCACAAACCCAGUGUUGGGAGAUAAUUUGUUGGGUUUCACCAUAUUAUACUGUACUGUACACAUUAUGUAUGUACAUGUACUUGUUCAUACACAUGCACAUGUAAGACCCUAUUCUCAUCUACUUUCUUAAACCAGUUUAAUGUGUAGUGGGAAGGCUCAAAGUGGUCAUGGAAGCGAUCUUUUAGUUUUAAUAACUGUUUUUCCAAACCAGUUUGGAAAUCCACCAUGUGAUGUGUGGUUUUCAAGAUCACUUUGCCUCGUUAAAAAAAUAAGCGUAGAUUACCGUUCUUCAUAAAACAAUCCUCAAACUAGUUCAGGAGAUUGUGAUGAGAAUGGUAGCGAAGCGAUCUUCUGAACUGGUUUUCCAAAGUGAAAAUUAAAGAAAAGCCGUUCAAGAAAGUACAUGAAGGUGAGAACGGAGUCAUAGGCUGCGUAAAUGCGGCCUCAAGCUAGAAUCACAAAAAUGAAUCAUGAUUAAAAAUACAAACAUAUAUCAUAGUAACUGCAAAAUCACGAUUUACAGUGUUAGUCAAACCUCUCUCCAGUGCCGUUUCACUCCCACUUCAAGCCUACAUUGUAGCCAGUGCCUGUCACAGUGCCCAGUUUGACCAGGUGAACUUCAAUGCGGGUUUAAUUGCAAAAAAUAUAUGUACAACUUCCAUUUUCAAUACAUGUGUAUGGCCACUUUGUGAAGCGAAAGCAAAGAAUACGGUGUGCAGUAUGGCAUGAAUAUGGAAGAAGGUCAACACAAUGACGCCAAAGAAUCAUGAUUCAAAUCACUAAUAAUUGACCUUUUUUUAACAUCAUUCUGCAGAAUGUCUUUCCAAAUGCCCCCUUUUCUGCAUUACAUGUUUGUGAUUUGAACACAUUAAUAUACUUUUACUUAAAUUGACCAUAAAAUGCAACCGUGAUUCUGCAGAAACAUCUUUCUAAACGUGUUUCGAAUCAUGAUUCUAGGGUUUAAAAAAGCGGCGCAUAAAAAUAUGAAAUUUGUUGCCUACAUGCAUGUACAUGUAGUAUUAUUGACCAUUUGAUUUUAAAAAAUCAUUUGAGUUGGUAAGCAGUAUUGUGCAAUUUAUUCUGUAUUGUUGAUCCAUUUUAUAAAACAGAUACUGCCCAGGUUUACACUGUAAGUUCAUGGUGUAUAUACAGUUAUUUGUAUAUUGUACGCAGGCAUUUAAGUUAUUUUUAAAGGGGAAUCCAACCGAAAUAAAAACUUGUUUUUAUAAGGAAAAGAAAAAUCAGACAAGUUGAUAGGUGAAAGUUUGAACAAUAUUGGACAAACAACAAGAAAGUUAUGAAUUUUUAAAAGUUGUAAAUAUUGGUAAUCACUAUACCCAUGGAGACUUCAAAUUGGCCGCAUAUGGGAUGUCAUAGUGAUGUAAGGCAAGGACUACUCUUCCAUGUACUCCAAUACAUAUUAUGGCUAAAAUGUCAUUUUUCCUAAAAGUUUUAUUUCAAAUGAUAUUUUUCUUUCAUGAGGACAUAAAACAAUAUACUACCUGGGUUAUAUUUAGAUUACUGCCCCAGGGGAAUUGGUACUUAGGAGAAAACCACAAAUCCCUGAUAAUAAAGUACAUGGCCUAUGGAAAUUGGCCGCAUAUGGGAUGUCAUAGUGAUGUAAGGCAAGGACUACUCUUCCAUGUACUCCAAUACAUAUUAUGGCUAAAAUGUCAUUUUUCCUAAAAGUUUUAUUUCAAAUGAUAUUUUUCUUUCAUGAGGACAUAAAACAAUAUACUACCUGGGUUAUAUUUAGAUUACUGCCCCAGGGGAAUUGGUACUUAGGAGAAAACCACAAAUCCCUGAUAAUAAAGUACAUGGCCUAUGGAAAAGUUGUCCUUGCCCCUUGUCAUAAUUUACUUACCUAGUUGCCAAUUUGAAAUCUACAUAGUAUUAGUGAUCUCGAUUUUAAAGCAGCUAUAACUUUCUUAUAGCUUGUCCGAUUUCUUUCAAACUUUCACCAUUCUGUUUAAUCUAUUUUUCUCUUUCCCAACACAACAUUUAAUGGCCAAGGCUGGAUUCCCCUUUAAUGUUGUGCAAAAACUCUUUGCAAGCCUUGUGCUUUUUGCACCAUUGCAAAUAUUUAUGCAUGCACCCUUAAUCGCCCAGUAUUCAUCACAAACACCUCAUUUGUAAACAACAACUCAAGUGUUCUACAUCUACUUUAUGAGCACUAGAUUUUUCAGUAUCCGCUUUUAAUGAUAAUUAUAUGAAACACUACAGGUUUUCAAUUUCAAAGUUUUUGCUGGUAUUAAGAAUAAAAUUUACUUCCCUUGAGCAUCUAUGUGGUAUUAGGGGAGAGUCCAUCCCCAAAAAUGUUGAUUUUAAUAU